CAUGCAAGAACACCGGAAACUAAUAAUGUUCCACCAUUGGUGAGAGAUAUAAAAGUAGAAACCCUAAAUCCAUCAUUUUCAGAAAUGGCUCAAUCUGGUGGAGAGCAUCCUAAAACUUCUCCUAUCGCCACUCAAACUAAUCAACAGCUUUUUCGAGCCUCUGAUUCUCCACAAAAAUGGUCACAACAGACCACACCUUCGUUCAAGGAUCACAAUCUAGAGGACGAUCAUGGUUACCAUCAUCCCAAGAAAUCAGUUCUUGCGAAAGUUAAAGAGAUGGGUAAAAAGUUGAGGCAAAGUCUCAGCAAAAAGAAGCAUGUAGAUGGGGAUAACGAUACACCCUCUUGGGGUGUUAGAAUUGAAGAUGUGGAAACCAAUGAAGAGGAAGACCUUGAAUUUCUUGGCGCUCCAAUGUAUGAAUCUGAAUUGGCGCCAGAAGGGUACGACCGUGCAAAGCAGAAUCUGAGGGAGGUCACAGCAAUCCCAGAGAAGCAUGUUUUGCCAGGCCAUACCAAUCUUGACACAGAACAGGAGAAAGAGAAGCAUCCUGGUCAGAACAAGACAUUAGCUGAAGCCAAGACAGAGAAGCCAGACCCAGCUUAUUCCACAAAAGCAAAUACAACUCUGGCUAUACCCUCAAAAAUUCAAACGGGACUAACUAUUUCUGUUGGAGGACCUCCAAAGGAAACUGAGAAGAAUGUGGCACAUGAAACUGAUAAUGAUGCUACUGAGGAAUCUAGAUCUAGUACACGUGCUGCAUGUAAUGAAAAUGAGGAGACUCAAAAGAUAUGGGAUAAAUCUAGUUUUCCCAGAGAGAAAAUAUGGGAUCAAGGUGUUUCAGUGAAAGAUUACAUAAUGAACAGGCUUGAGCCUGGGGAAGAUGAGAAAGCACUUUCUUGGGUGAUAUCUGAUGCAAUGAGCCCAAGAAGUGCUGGUGAUGUUGUGGGAAACGUGAAAGAAGCUGUGAAUUCUCUCGUCUGGAGUGAGAAACCUGCCCAAUCUAAUAGUAAUAUCUCACAUUCAGCUUCCAACUCCUCAACUCAUAUUCCUAUCCCUACAAAUGCUCAGGAAGUUAUUGAGGAAGAAAGCCAUGGAAGAAUAUUCCAAGCCAACUGAAAACGUAAUUCAAGUUCUAAACAGGAGAAGGUUUACUGAACCAAGUUUUCUUUUUCUUUUUCUUUUUUAUUUUUUUAUUCUUUUAUUGAAGCUGUAAAAGUUCAUUUGUGUAGGACAAGAAAUGUUCAGACUUCAGAGUUUGUAUAAGCAAAUACUGAUUUUUGAUGAGAAAGGCUAACUACACCAUUGAAAAAUGAAAAAGAUAUGUUGCU